AUGCUUCUAAAAUCCUGGUUACAGAUGUCAACUCCUGACUCAUAUGACACGCCCCAAUCGAUCAACUACAUAGGAUUCAAUCAAGACUCUAAAAUCAUAUCUGUUGGCCACAAAGAUGGUUUCAUGUUUUACAAAACUGCAGAUGUCAUCGAAAAUUCAAUUCUCGAAUGCAGAAGCCAAAGUCUGAAAGAUUUGAAUCUCAACAAUUGUAACAUCAUCGAGCGGCUCUUCACCUCCUCUCUGAUGGUUGUGGUCUCCCAGAGAGAUCUACGUGUAUUGCAUGUCACCAGCAAUCACAUCAUCUGCGAUCAUCGAUUCAACAAGUCGAUUCUUUCUGUUCGACUCAACAAAAUGCGAAUCGUUGUGUGCCUGGAGGAUUGUAUCUACAUCUACAAUCUCAACGACAUGAAAAUGCUGCAUAUGAUCGUGGACACUCCGAUGAACAAACUCGGAGUCGUGGACAUGACCAUUAACUCAGGAAACACGUUUCUUGCUUAUCCAGGAAGCACUGACACUGGAUCUGUGCAUCUCUUCGAUGCCAUCAAUCUAUCCUCUGUCAACACGUUUGUUGCUCACGAGGGAACUCUGGCAUGUCUCAAGUUCAAUCAAGAUGGAAAUAUGCUUGCGACUGCCAGCACAAAGGGAACUGUCAUUCGAGUCUACUCUGUUCCAGACGGACAUCGCCUCUUUGAGUUCCGUCGUGGAGUCUCUCGUUUUGUUACCAUUCACUCUCUCUGCUUCUCGUCUGAUUCCAAGUUUCUCGCUUCUUCUUCGAACACUGAGACAGUUCACGUCUUCAAACUCGAGAAAUCUGGAGAAGAUGAUUCUAAACCAGAAGCUCCGGCCAAUUUCGCAGAGGCUGCUGCUGGAUGGUUUAAUACAAUCAACCAAACUGUCUCUGCCUACAUGCCAUCUCAAUUCACGCAAGUCUCGGAGCUAAUAACAACGGAGCGUAGUUUCGCUACAGCUAAGCUCCCGUGCGCCAUCGGAAGCAAUCGAGUUGCUCUUGUUGAACACAAAAACCAUCAAUUCCUGUUGGUUGCCACUUUCGAUGGGUAUGUCUACGCGUACCGAAUGCAUCCAGAAGGCGGUGAACUCGAUCUCAUCAAGCAACAUGGAAUCGGACCAAAAGCCAGAAACGUUCCGAACCUGGACAAUCAAAGUGACUUCCAACCAAUGCUCCAUACCAGCGGAUAA